AUGUGCCUUGAAGAUUGUAAGAAGAGUUUUUCAGUCUGUAUACCGAUUAUUGGUGUUGAUGGAUGUUUUCUUAAAGGCAUUUAUAGAGGCCAAAUCCUUGCAGCAGUAGGAAGAGACCCUAAUGACCAAAUGUUGCCUAUUGCAGUAGCUGUAGUUGAAGCAGAGACAAAAGACUCAUGGGCAUGGUUCUUUGAUCUUCUAGUUCGUGACUUGGGUGGGCUAGAAGUUUGUAAAAAUGUGACUUUUAUCUCAGAUAAGAAGAAGGGGAUGUUACAUGCAAUAGAUGAGUUUUUACCUGGAGUUGACCAGAGAUUCUGUGUUAGACACCUUUAUAGCAACUUUAGAAAAAGAUUUCCAGGAAAACAUUUGAAGGAAUUGAUGUGGAGGGCAGCAAAGUCAACAUAUCCUCAAGCAUGGGAAAGGGAGAUGAAGGAAAUGAGGAAGGUUAAUGAGGAGGAAUUCAAACACUUGUGGAAGACUCCUCCAAGAUAUUGGAGUAAGUCUAUGUUCAAAUACAAUACAAAAAGUGAUGUCUUGGUGAAUAAUAUGUCUGAAACUUUUAGCAGUGUUAUAAUUAGACCAAGACAAAAGCCAAUUGUAACAAUGAUGGAGGAGAUUAGAGGGUACCUCAUGGAUAGAUGGACAACUAAUAGAGCCAAGAUAGAAGAGUAUGCAUAA